GUGAUUCGUUUAGUCAGACAAGCCAAAUUAAAGUAAAAAUCAUGAAUAUGCUCAGAACCGCCAGUGUUGUGUUUUUGGUGUUUGCUUUGAUCCACGAAAUCUGCAGUCAUGGAAUGAUGUUAAAACCCCCAAACAGAGGCUCCUUAUGGAGGUUUAAUUACAGCACACCUAUUAAUUACGACGAUAAUCAAAAUUUCUGCGGUGGAGCAUCUAUACAGUGGAAUGUCUUUGGUGGCAAAUGUGGACCUUGUGGCGAUAGAUAUGACUCUCCGCAUCCUCAGGAUAACGAAAAUGGUGGAAAAUACGGGAGGGGAGUUAUUGCUGCUGAAUAUACAGUAGGAAGUGUGAUCGAUGUUAAUGUAUUAUUGACAGCGAAUCAUUUGGGAUAUUUCAAGUACAGUUUGUGCGUUUUGAAAGAUCCUAGUGCUCCUGAACGUGACGAAAGUUGUUUCGUUCCGUUAGGUUUGGCAGAUGGUACUGUGAAAUAUGGUGUUUCGGCAGAUGAGCGAUCUAUCAACAACCAAGUGAAGUUGCCUAACAAGAUAACUUGUGAGAGGUGUGUCCUUCGUUGGCAUUAUACAGCAGGAAAUAACUGGGGAAUUUGUGCAAAUGGAACUUCAGGCAUGGGUUGUGGCGCUCAAGAAACUUUUAGAUCUUGUACUGACAUCAGAAUAGUUUAGGUUAAGAUUAAAUGUUGAAAAAAAUCUGUUUUGAGAUUUACUAGUUUAUGUGUAAUAUUUAUUGGUUAUUUUUUUAACAAUGUAUCUAUUUUUGAUAAACCAUUUUUACUAACGGAUAAACACACCAUAAACGGAAUGAUUAAAUACAAAUAUAUGUACCUAUGUGCUCCCUUUAAAAUAAAAUAUAGUUAAUAUGA